UAACAGCAAACAGCCGCUCUUCCCUUCUCCUUCUUCUCCCACGAAAGCUGUUGAGAACCCCCACUACCCAAAGCUCGCUCGGUCGUCGGCAGUUUCCUCUGUGAUUACUUUCGCUCCGGCCACCAACCACGUCAUCGACUAAAACUAUUCUACACUUCACUCAAACCUUUCCUCUCCUCAUCUUCUCAAAUCGAGAGUUUUGAAACUCUCUACGCCGGCCACCCUCAGGGUAUUCUAGCUUAUCAUAUACGUGGUCUUCAUUCCUGUGACUGAGGUUUUACUAUUUACGUGUGACAUAGUCCUAGUGGAUUCUUGGACAGAUGGGUUCUAGAAAAAUCCGAUCAGCAUAUGAGGGACGUUCCAUCCAGGCUCCAGGUGCAAUACGACAUGGUUCACCUGCUGGCUCAGGUCCUCCUGCUCGUGGGGCUUUGGAGCCCCUUCCUCGACCUGAGCUUUUAGAGAACAAGAUUGCUUCUCAGGCAGCAGAACUUGAGCAACUUGCUGGAGACAAUCAGAUAUUGACAGCUCGCCAUGUCGCCUUGAAGGAGGACCUUGUGGCUGCACGGCAUGAAGCGCAAAAACUCAAGGAGCACAUCAGAAGCAUUCAGAAUGAGAGUGAUAUUCAGAUCAGGGUUCUAAAGGAAAAGAUUGCAAAAAUGGAAGCAGAUAUUCGGGUUGGUGAGAAUGUGAAAAUGGAGUUGCAACAGGCACUCACUGAGGCACAAAGUUUAGCCAAAGCCAGACAAGAGUUAAUCAUCCAAAUUCAACAAGCCUCUCAGGAGUUGGCAAAAACUCAGGAUGAUGUUAAGUGCCUUCCAAAGUUACAGGCUGAACUUGAAGGGUUGAGGAAAGAGUACCAGAGAUUACGCGUUACAUUUCAAUAUGAAAAAAGGUCAAACAUAGAGCAGGUGGAGCAAAUGCAAGCUAUGGAGAAAAACCUAAUUGGGAUGGCAAAAGAAGUUGAAAGGUUACGAGCCGAAGUCUCAAGUGCUGAGAAAACUGUGCCUGCACCAAUAGGAGUGGCACCAUAUGCAGGCGGUUACUUGAAUCCUGAUCCUUCAUAUGUACAACCCUUUCAAGGUAGCACCACCUAUUUUGAUGGCUACGGUCGGCCUGCAAUGCAGAUGGGUCCUGCCGUAGCGGAGGGCAUGAUCCCAUAUAGUAGUAGUACCAAUGGUCCGGCUGCUAUUGCUGCAACCGGUGGUCAAGCUGUCACUAGCUCGGCGUGGGGAGCGACCUAUGAUCCAUCUCUUGCUCAGAAGUAAACAAGGAGAAGUUGCCUUCAAAGCUGUUACGUAACAAGUAUGAUGUCCAUAAUCAAUCUUGCGUUGACACAGUAUCGGAGGCAGGGAAUCAAUUAGGUUAAACUGGAUUGUUAGCUUUAUGCUGUUAAAUUGUUCUCAGCAGUUGAUGAAGCACUGCAGAUCCGAUAUGGUCAUUCCAUUUUACCCUCAAAUUAGGGUCUUGUACCCAUUUGCUGGUCA